UCAGGCUGAGUGUCAAUUUCUCAAAAUCAUCAUGUCAUGUUGUUGCAACGCUGAGUAUGAAUCAGAAGCCAAUAAUGCUCUAGAGUUUGCAAAAAUAACGAGUAGCGGUUUUGAUCAGCAACGAACCAUCGCUUAUUAUCCCGAGGAAGAGGAAGACGUUUAUCAAAAAUUUAAUGACGACGAAGACUCUGGUAAUUUUUUGACCGUACAGAAAUCUCUUGGUGAUGACAGGACCAGGAAAGAUCAUGACAAUUUUAGGCACUUUGCGAAUGGGCCUAAUACGUUCCGAAGUUACGAGGAUGAACCGAGUCCUUUAGAGAAUGAGAAUGAUGAAGAUAUCACGGAUAUGGUUUUUGUCGACGGCAAUGAAGCUGAUCUCGAAGCUUGCGAUGACGAAGAUUGCUUAAUGGAACGAGUUUGGUGGCUCGUGAAACCACCCUUCAUUCCCAGCCAUACACCAGUGGUGUCUGCAAGACGAGUACAAGUCGUUAAAGAAAGAUUGUCAUCUAUGGUGAAAAAUUUGUCUACUGCACGAGACAAGUUGAACGAGCAGGUAGAAAUGAAUAUGAAGCAUCGUCCCAAAGUUGAAGGCGACCAAUACGCAAGAAUUGGUAACAUCGAGCAGAAGUUGAGGCAAUCGUGUCAAAAGGAGAUUACAAUCCCGGUAGCAAUGUGCGCACGUAAUCUUAGCGAUUUAUUAUAAAACCAAAACCAAAAAUUAGGAAAAAAAAAUUAUAUCAUUCAAACGAG